AUGACUAGUUUUUUCAAUAGAUCACCAAAACAUCAAUCUCAUCAUUAUCAACAACAACAACAACAACAACAACACCAAGAUGUUACUGACAUUUCAUAUUCAAUGGAAAAUGUCUCUAUUUCAAGUAAUGCAAUGAUGGAUAUUGAUACUAGUUAUCGUUCAUCUAAGCCUACUUUUAACAAUCCUCCUCAACAACAACAAGUACAAAACAAUUUGUUUAAUAAAGAAAAUAUUACUCCUUUGAAUUCACCAACAAAAUCAAUAUUACAUAAUUCACCACAAACCAAAUCAUCUACUUCACCUCAACAUUUAUAUAAUAAAUUGGUAAAUGCCAAUUAUAAUGGUAAUUCACCACAACCACCACUGCAUCAACAGCAACAGCAAAAUAACAAUCGAGCAUUACAAAACAAUAUUAAUCAAUUACAACCACCAUUAAAUAAAAGAUAUAAAUUAACUGAAGAAGAAUUUUAUUCCAAAGCCAAUAGUGCUAGAACUAAAAGAUUAACUUCAAUUGCUCAAUUAUAUUUUUUAGAUUAUUAUUGUGAUAUGUUUGAUUAUGUUAUUAAUCGUCGAGAACGAACUUGUAUAGUUGAAAAAAAUUUAUUAACUGAUCCAAUUUAUAAAAAUGAUAUUAUUAAACAACAAUUUGAAUGGAAAAAUUAUAUUGGUAGAGAACGAGCAUUAUUACGUAAACGAAGAUUAAAACCUAAACAUAAAGAUUUUGAAAUGAUUACUCAAAUUGGUCAAGGAGGUUAUGGUCAAGUAUUUUUAUCAAGGAAAAGAGAUACUAGAGAAAUUUGUGCACUUAAAAUUUUAAAUAAAAAAUUAUUAAUUAAAUUAGAUGAAACAAGACAUGUAUUAACUGAACGAGAUAUUUUAACUAAUACUAGAAGUGAUUGGUUAGUUAAAUUAUUAUAUGCUUUCCAAGAUCAUGAAAAAGUUUUCCUUGCAAUGGAAUUUGUUCCUGGUGGUGAUUUUAGAACUUUAUUAAAUAAUACUGGUUAUUUAAUUCCCCCUCAUGCAAGAUUUUAUAUUAGUGAAAUGUUUGCUGCCGUUAAUUCAUUACAUGAAUUAGGUUUUACUCAUCGUGAUUUAAAACCAGAAAAUUUUUUAAUUGAUUCAAAAGGUCAUAUAAAAUUAACUGAUUUUGGUUUAGCUGCUGGUACUGUUUGUAAUGAUAGAAUUGAAUCAAUGAAAAUUAAAUUACAAAAUUUACAAAAUUUAAAUGAUUUUAAUGAACCAAAUUCAAAUUCAAAUUCAAAUGAUAAUGGUUAUCAAGUACCUUCAAGUUUAAUUUAUGAACGUCAAAAAAUUUUCAAACAAAGUCAACAACAACAACAAAAUUCUAAUAAUACUACUGCUAAUUCUAUAGUUGGAUCACCCGAUUAUAUGGCAUUAGAAGUUUUAGAAGGGAAAAAUUAUAAUUAUACUAUUGAUUAUUGGUCAUUAGGUUGUAUGUUAUUUGAAGCAUUAUGUGGAUAUCCACCAUUUUCUGGUUCAAAACAAGAUGAAACUUAUUAUAAUUUAAAACAUUGGAAAACUUGUUUAAGAAGACCACAAACUAAAGAUGGUAGAUAUGUUUUCAGUGAUCGUACUUGGAAUUUAAUUAUUAAAUUAAUUGCAUCACCAAAUAAUCGAUUACAAAAUUUUAAACAAGUUCAACAACAAAAUUAUUUUAAUGAUAUUAAAGAUUGGAAUAAUUUACGAUUGAAAACUCCUCCAUUUACUCCUCAAUUGGAUAAUGAAGAAGAUGCAGGAUAUUUUGAUGAUUUUGAAGAUGAUGAAAUGAUGAUGAAAUAUAAAGAUGUAUUUGCUCGACAAGAACAAAAUGAACAAUUAUUAGAAAAAUCAAAUAAUAAUAAUGAAGGUAUUACCACUAUUAAUACCAAAUUUGGUAAACGAUUUAAUGGAUCAAAAUUUAAUGAUAAUUUUAUUGGAUUUACUUUUAAACAUAAAUCAAAUCCCAAUAAUAAAUUUACUAAUGGUAAUACUAAUCGAUAUGCUAACAAUAAUAAUAAUAAUAAUAAUAAUAAUUAUAAUAAUAAUAAUGGUGAAAUAAAUUUAUUAAAUAUGGUAGAAAAUGGAAAUUCUCGAUCAAGUAGAUUAAAUCCAUUAGCUACAUUAUAUUAA